AUGGGCCAGACAUUCACGCAAGAUACCAACUACACUCUAAACUAUACUGAUGAAGUAUACAAUGCAGGUGGUGAGGAUCGCGACGCGUGCGCCGUCGCCGACGACCCCAAAUACCCCAGCAGCUUCGGAAUAACACUUGCAGUCCCAGAAUGGGAAGCCAUUUGCACAGCCAUAGUGCUCACUCUAAUCAUAAUCUCGACUAUCGUCGGCAACAUCCUGGUCAUACUAAGCUGGGUAUUCACUUACAAACCGCUAAGAAUCGUACAAAACUUCUUCAUUGUAUCACUUGCUGUGGCCGAUUUGACUGUCGCAAUUCUAGUCCUACCUUUAAACGUAGCAUACUCGAUACUCGGACAAUGGGUGUUUGGAAUUUAUAUGUGCAAGAUGUGGCUGACAUGCGAUAUAAUGUGUUGUACUUCGUCUAUCCUGAACCUUUGCGCAAUCGCCCUUGAUCGAUACUGGGCCAUUACUGAUCCUAUAAAUUACGCACAAAAGCGGACGCUUGAACGAGUGCUUUUAAUGAUCGGGGUAGUUUGGGCUCUUUCACUCAUAAUCAGUUCUCCUCCACUCUUAGGAUGGAACGAUUGGCCGGAGGUAUUCGAAACCGAUACGCCGUGCCGUCUGACAUCCCAGCCUGGCUUUGUGAUAUUCUCAUCUUCAGGGUCAUUUUACAUUCCUCUAAUUAUUAUGACCGUGGUUUAUUUCGAAAUCUACUUGGCAACAAAGAAAAGAUUAAGAGAUCGCGCCAAGGCGACCAAAAUCAGCACUAUUUCUAGUGGGCAAAAUAGAUAUGUACCAAAGGAGAGUGAAAAUAAUGAUCAAGAUUCAGUGAGCUCUGAAGCAAAUCACAAUGAGCAUCAAGGAGCAACACAUUUAAUGUCGGACAAUGAGAAGAAGAAGAAAUCAAAAUCAACGAAGAAAUCAACACCAAAGAAGAAGCCUAAAAAACGUUAUUGGAGCAAGGAUGACAAGUCCCAGAACAAAUUGAUUAUACCAAUCCUGUCCAAUGAGAAUUCGGUAACAGACGUGGCUGAGAAUGAAAAUAGGAACACGUCGUCAGAAAGUAAUUCUAAAGAAACUCAUGAAGGUGAGUUGGAUGUGGCAGAGACAGGAUCAAAAAAGGUACCGAAGCGUCCAAAGCCUAACCAGCAGAAUGCUGUGUAUCAAUUUAUUGAGGAGAAACAACGCAUUUCGUUGACCAGAGAGCGUCGUGCGGCUCGAACCCUGGGCAUUAUAAUGGGGGUGUUUGUCGUGUGUUGGCUCCCAUUCUUCGUGAUAUAUCUUGUCAUCCCCUUCUGCUCCAGUUGUUGUCUCUCAAGCAAAUUCAUCAAUUUCUUCACAUGGCUCGGGUACAUAAACUCAGCCCUCAAUCCUCUUAUAUAUACAAUAUUCAAUAUGGACUUUAGAAGAGCUUUUAAGAAGUUACUUUUUAUAAAGCAGUAG